UCUAAACAUGGCGGAUCGACCAAGGCUUGGAGAUUAUUGUCAGUUCCCCAGCGUACGUAAAUAGCCCCCUAAACAGACCAGCCAACCAGCAGAUCGCUAGCAAAGGUUACAAUAAGUGACAGUUUAUCAUUCUUUAUUGUUCGAUCGGUUGUUGAUCGUAGGAAUGACGAUGGAAAACAUGGGGGAGCUCCCAACGAGUGAUCAACAAAUCAGCGAUUCGUCGUCUGUCAGCACAACCGCGGCGCCCGCCAGUAGUAGCACAGCCAGCGAGACCGAGUACGUGAGUAACCCCGAGUUGUCCGUCUCGCCUACUAGUAUAUCCCGGGCAGACGCCAUUCCAGUCAGUGUCAGCGGCAUGAUAGACAGCAGUGAGUUCCGCUCCCAAAUGGGGGAGGCUACCUACCAUACCCUCAAUGGUAGGAUGUCCCCCAACUAUAGUCCUACCAACAGCUACGCAACGCUCACCCCUCUUCAGCCGCUACCGCCGAUCUCAACUGUUUCAGACAAAUUCAGUCAUGUUCCUUCGUCAAAUGUCAGUGGAAGUUUUACCUUGAUGCCUCAGAAUAAUGGGAUCGGGAUGGACAUGAGCCCAUACCGCUACGACAAGAUCAGUAUGGGCAUGAACAUGGGCCCAUCUCUUGGUGCCACGCCAAUGACCAUGAUGAGCAAUAACUACCAACAAGGUCUUGGAUACGGGUAUGGACAAAACGGCAUUGGUUCGCCUAAACCCGAAAGCAAAAUGCAUGUUUCGCCUACUUUUGAUUCACCGUAUUCCUCCACACCAAUUCGGAUUGACCCUGUGUCUGCCCGUCUUCAUUCUCCAAAUCCAAUGAUGUCCCCCAUGAAUGGUCUGCAUGGGUCAGCACCAACUCCUUCUCCACACAGUGAAAGUCCACAGCGAGACCGACUGGGGCCAGGAUGUGAAUCUCCUAAUAAGCAACAAGAAGUUGAAGAAAUAAACACAAAAGAGUUGGCACAAAGAAUAAGUAGCGAAUUGAAGCGCUACAGCAUACCACAAGCAGUUUUUGCACAGAGGGUACUAUGUCGGAGUCAAGGGACUUUGAGCGACUUGUUGAGAAACCCCAAACCUUGGAGCAAACUCAAGUCUGGACGGGAAACAUUCAGAAGGAUGUGGAAAUGGUUACAAGAACCCGAAUUUCAAAGAAUGUCAGCUCUUCGGUUAGCAGGUACAGCCUCCUCACAGCCCUAUCACACCCAAACUUACCCCGGCCAAGGUCCUGGCCAGCAGCCACGCUUCUCGCAAGCAUGCAAGAGGAAAGAGGCAGAGCAAGAAAAGCCGCCCGAGGAAAAUCGACCUCCAAAAAAACCUCGACUGGUGUUCACAGAUAUUCAACGCCGUACGCUUCAUGCAAUAUUUAAGGAAACAAAACGUCCGUCGAAGGAGAUGCAAGCUACUAUUGCACAGCAACUUGGACUUGAAGUAAGCACAGUAGCCAACUUCUUCAUGAAUGCCCGACGCAGGUCUUUGGAUAAGUGGCAAGACGAUAACGGGAACAACAACCGUGAAAGUGCGAGUUCGUGUACGAAGAGUUAACCAUGUAUGUCACAAUUGUGGAUCUCCUUGCUCGCUCUCAUAGAUUCAUACAUCAGAGCCGGGACUACUUUUCUCGUCAUCAUGACCUCAGAAGUGUCAUUGUCGUUGUCCUAUAGCCAUGCUCGAUGCAAUCCAAAGACCAACCGACAUGUUUAGUUUGUUAUUGCUAUUUAAGUUGUAUUUUUGCUUCGUUUUCAACAUUCCAUCAGCUGUUGAUUAUGUAAAUUAUUUAAUUUAAUAUUGACCCUAAUUUAAAUUAUUGUUUCUCUUAACAAAUCAGGUAUUGCAGACUCUAAGUCCUAGCCAAAUUUUUAUAUUUAUUUAUUUAUCAUAUACCGAAAGGUAUCUGGUUUUAACCUCUGAUUUAAAAAAAAGACAUGGUCCAAGACCAUACACAUUAUUACCACUGAAGAUCCAUCCUAUGUGCUUCAUAUUUUGUUUUGGCUAUUGCUAAUCUAUUUACCAAUCGCUUUACUAUUAUCGUUUGCAAGUUGUUUUGGAUGACAAAUCAGUUAUUAUGCCCAUGGAGUUGAUACAUAUUGCGACGUGUAGGUCAUUCGGAGACAUAUCAUAUCUCAAUUCAUAUUUGUAUGGAGCCAAGAGAGGUUUUAUACCCAUUUUCAUCAUUCCAUUGAACUAGUCAUUUCAUUGCGCCUCCCUAUUACCUGUCUUAUUGUAUAGUUCGUUAGUGUCUAACGAGCUCUGUGGAAACAAAGACUUUUUGCGGAAUCGCAAUGAGGUUCAGAUAAUGUGCAAUAUUUUUCACAUUUAUAGUGUAGAUAAUCAUGAUAAAUUAAUUUUUUAGUUAUUUUUUUGUGGUUGAUUUUGUUGAAAUUGUGUUCUGAUUUUCAGUAUUUGUCAGAUUGUGCUCAUUGUAUUGUUAUGAUCAUCAAAGUAUUUUUUGGUCAUUUUGAUCAAGAUGAUAAUGUGCGAGUGGAAUCUUAUAUAUCAUUUAUGUUUUAUAGACAUUUUAUGAAAUCCAUGACCAAGGUUUGCGUAUUACGAAAAAAUCUCAGUCCAGCGAUGGUUACUUCGAGUGUUAAGCGAAAUAGGGACAAAAUAACACCAUGGUGCUAAAUCUAGAUCAUUUCUUUUUUCUCUAAGCAAUAGGAAGAAUCUUGUGACAUGAUAUCGGUUCAAAACAAUUAAGCUCAUGUAUCUUAUAAAAUCCAUUCCAUGACUUUUUCCAUUCCACCUAUAUAUUUACUGAGACUCGAAGCAAUCAUCUCAACAGUAUAGAACAUUGUUAAUUUCAUGUACAGUGUAUUUGAAGUUAUGUAAAAAAAAUCUGCACCAGUUUCGGUGAAAAUUUGAAUCCCCAGAGGGCCGAGGUGUAUUUCUUUGUUGUAUACUAAGUUAUUUAUUUAUUUAUUCCAUGUCACAUGAUCGUUUGUCAGCUGGAAACUACGUGAUAGGUGUUUCCAAGGUCCAUGCAAUAAAUAUACAUAUUCAUCGAUUCAACCCCACUAUUCAGGGUCCAAUAUGUACAUAGAAAGCGUCUCAGUUUCUAUUAAGUGUAUGUUUUCUGUACGGUUGUUUUGAUGCAUUUAUAAAUAAAUAUAUAAUAUAUAAACUGUCUCGUGCUGUUCUAGCCCGCUGCUGUAGCUAAUAACUGCACCAGUAGAAACCAUUGAGAUGUGUACAUUGGUAUGAAUCUCCAUGUAAUUGUCUCUCUGUAGUUCAUGAGAACAUGUAUGUUUGACCCUUGUAUAGCUGGAAAUCUGAUAGUUAGACGAUCUGAUGCCAUCUGAAUUCACCCAGAUGCCAAUACUAUCAUGAAUGAACAAAAAACAUUUUUUGUAACAAAACGUUUUUUUCAACAAGAAAAAUAUAAGAUACGUCCUUACGAGGAUGCGUCCAUUGUGUUGUCAUGGCAACGAGGAGGCAUGCCCCGUUGAGAGGGUCUCCCUGCCUGCGUCUGAGUUGUGUUAGCUGUAGCAGUGUUUGUUUUGUGUGAGACUGGGCCUGCUCUGGCAACUAUGGAGAGUGGACAAAAGGACACAUUAUAUCGGUGGAACAUCACACCAGGCAGUGUGGGAACAUACCAGAUGCUGGUGUACGUACAUGUGGAACUCGUAAUGGCUGGGUUCUUGCACAGUGCCGCGGUGCGACUCGACAGUGCUUGAGUAUUCGCUGCAGUGAUCCAUCUGUGAGGGUGUCCACUGCGCCAUCUUGACAAACUUUGGCAUUGCCAGAAAACAUAUCGCCUUCCUGUGGUAUUUAUUUGCUAUGUGUAGCAGCUUUAGUUUGCUGAUUGUUUGUCCAUGACAAAUCCAUUUACCAUAUCAUCCUGUCCUAAAUGAUAUAGGGUAUUACUCUGGGUUCAUAUAUUUUAAUGUGAAAUUGUUAUAUUUUUGUGGAUAGGGCACGAACAUGUUUAAUGUUAAUGAAUGUUUGAUUUAUUGUUAAAAGAACAUUUUAUCAAAUUGGUUUAUGAAGUUGGUUUAGAUGAAGAUGCUUUAGAAUCUCAUUAAGUGAAGAUCUGAGAUUUCUUUAAACGUAUGAUGAACAAAGUUAUAUUUAUUUCAUAACUUAUACGCUAUAAGUGCUACUUCUUGAAUCAAGAAUUCUGAAGCUUUUGUAUCUCUUCUGUGCAAAGGUCACAUAUGAUUUAAAACUAUGUCAUGAGGCCUUUUUUUCCAAAUUUACCAUUCAGCGUUCAUAUCAUUCCCCUAAGUGUUAAUACCGUAGACCAUAAGGCAGCAUUUAAAUAGUGGACGGUUUUCUCUGCAAUGUCGGUAUAGGUUUGUAUAACUCAUAUGGAAGCAGUGUUACUUAAGUGUACAUGACUCUCAAUUUUGUGUUGAUUAUUUAGAAGGGAGUCAUUACGAAGAAAAAACAUCGGAACUUGUACAUAUUCAAACAUUCCGCAGUCUGAAAAAAUAAUUGAAAUUUUUCAUUUAAUCUUAAUUGUUAUGAAAACUGAGCAAGAUUUCUUUUUUUAUUGGAAAUGUUCAAAAUUGGUGUUAAGAUAUUAAUUUUGUGAGUUUGAAUAUGGACAUGUAAUUUGAUGGUUUUUGGCAAUAUAUGCAAUGUCUCCCUUUCGUGAUGUGUGUAAACAAUUCAACUGGUGCAUUACGAAUUUCAUACCGUACUGGUUGUCAAGCUGUGUGUGCUAAGUUCUAAUUUAUCAUUUAUGAUGUAUAGGGAAUUUAAUGUAACAUGAAUUAGCCAAUCAAGUUUAAAUUAAGCCGCAGGUAACUGCAGCAACUAGUCAUGAACCUUGAUUUUUGUCAAAACAAUGGAUUAUUGUGCAAUACAAUCGUUUGUCCGUCGUUUGUAUUUCUACAUAAAGCGUGUGAACUUUUGUGGUGCAAUUUAACCUCUCAAGCAAAACCAGCUGCGACAAUUUUAGAUGGGUUGAGUAGUUUAUCCAACCUUAUUUUUAGACUGUUUUUGUUAAGCUUUUUUGCUUUGUAGUAUAGACCAUGACUCGUCAACCAUUUUGAGACGAAGUCGUAGCAUGCAGCAGCGUUCUGAUUGGUCAAUCAGAGGCAGCAGUGCAGCAGCAAUUUGUAAGCGAAGGUAGCCCAUGUUUGGUAUAUAACUACCUUCCCCCAAACCACUGUACUAUAGUAUGUUGUUAUUGUGCUGAUCAAUGUGACCAUCUCACAGAUAUGCAACAGGACCUAGAAACUACUGUCUGUAUGAUAAUACAAAUAAUAAAAUAGGCACCAAGCUCA